GCAGUUGUUGUUGGAGGGUUGUGCAGUGUGUCCCGCCGCACAGACAACGCCAUGCUGUGAGAGUAAAUGCAUAUCGCAUGUGGUAUAAGAUACUUUCAGUUGAAUAGCGAGCGCCUGCUUUUUUGGUUGUUUGCCAAAAGUUUCCAGCCCUGAAUUCUUACCCAGCACCAACACUUGUUUUCAUCCUUUACCAGUAUAAGCACUGUGACUAUACACUUCAUAUUCUCCAGCCUUUCAGAAGGCCUUAUGUUUUGCUGGUUGUUUUGAGCCCUGGACUAUCUGUAUGGAUUAUAACAAGUACACUCAGUCAUGGGAAGUGGUUAUACGUGAUCUUGAAAGAGGAAGGAGUAGAACAGUUGUCACAGCAGCUCAUCAUAUAUGAUAGAAGAGGCGGUGUGAGGCUGUCUUUUGGAGAACUUGGGAACAGUCUGAUGAGGCUGAGGCAUCUGCAUGAUAUAAUGCUAAAUGUUGUCUAAAGACCUGUUGUGUGCUAAGCAGAAAUGAACUCUCAUCACCGACGUGUAAGACUAAAGCCAUGGCUGGUAGCACAAGUGGACAGUGGUCAGUAUCCAGGACUGCACUGGGAGGAUCAAGAUCGCAAAGUAUUUCGUAUUCCGUGGCGCCACGCAACCAGGCACAUACCUAUCCAAGAGGAUGAAAAUACUGUAUUUAAGGCCUGGGCGAAGGAGACUGGGAAGUACCAGGAAGGAGUGGAUGAACCUGACCCAGCUAAGUGGAAGGCAAACCUUCGAUGUGCCUUAAACAAGAGCAGAGAAUUUAAUCUUCUGUAUGAUGGCACCAAGGAGACCCCUGUGCAGCCAUUCAAGAUCUACCAGUUAUGUGACCUGCCAGGACAGAAUGAAGAGCCCAUUGGUGGGGAUGACAUUGGUGGUGAUGAUGAGGAGGAGCAGAUUGGUGCUAGGUUUCCAAUGCUCCAUAUCAGUGAUUCUUUGUGCCCUCCAGUUCAGGAUUCCUUACCUCCAUUCAUUUGGCCUAAAGCUGAACCUAACUUCCCCAGCUCAUGCUCAAACCACAACUUUCCUGGACCCCGGGACAUCGUUCAGCACAACCGGACAGCCCAGACCACUGCCAUAACCCCUGUUCCCACAGGAGCAUACUCAGAAGUUGAUAUGUCACCCCAGAGUUUGGUAUCACAGAGUACAGUGCUCCCCCUCCCAGAGUUGGUCCCAGGAAGUGGUUUGGAACCAUCUUCAGAUGUGGAACUAUCCGUUCAAGGAGGAAUUCCUCCGAUUCAUCAGGGAAUCCCAGACCUCCUCAUCAGUCCCCAAAUGUUACCCUUGACUGAUCUAGAAAUCAAGUUUCUAUACAGAGGAAAGCAGGCUGGAGCAAUGACUGUUAGUAAUCCCCAUGGUUGCCGCCUCUUCUACAGUAAUUUGGAACCUACACCUGAACAAGUGGAGUUAUUUGGGCCCACCUCACUGGAACAGGUUCGCUUCCCAGGAACAGAAGGGAUCGGCAACGAAAAACAAAAAUUCUACACAAACCAUCUGCUGGAUGUGAUGGACCGGGGACUAAUUCUGUGCUUGCAGGGUCAGGAUAUCUAUGCCAUCCGUCUCUGCCAGUGCAAGGUCUUCUGGUCUGGACCCUGUGCUGGUUACACUGAUAGACCCAACCCCAUUGAGAGAGAAAAAAGGAUUAAGCUCUUUAGUUUGGAGACCUUCCUGAAUGAGCUCAUUGCUUGUCAGAAGGGACACACCAGCUCACUGCCCCCGUAUGAGAUCUUUUUCUGCUUUGGGGAGGAAUGGCCAGACCGGAAACCCAAGGAGAAGAAACUAAUUACUGUGCAGGUCAUCCCAGUUGCAGCCCGUUUACUCUCUGAGAUCUUCACAGGGGAAUCUUCAUGGUCAGCUGACAGUAUUAGACUUCAGAUUUCCCAUCCAGACCUCAAAGACAAGAUGGUGGAGCAGUUUAAGGAACUACACCAGCUGUGGCAGAGUCAGCAGGCCCCGGCUGUUGCACAAGUAGAAGCAAUACCCAACCCUGAGUGUGAUGUUGGCUCAGGCCCUUGGCCUAUGCAUACUGGAAACAUGGAGUAGCUACAUUUGCUUUCUAUUCAGUGGAGCCUAUUUGGUUGUGUCUCGUUGAACAGUUCUAGUAGAAGAUGGGUUGCUUGGCAAUGUCUGUUACAAAACAUUAUCCCCUUCAAUAGUCAGGCAGAGACUGCAUUUUGGACACUGUUUAAUACACUUGGGUACAGUGAAUGGACCAUACUGUAUUUCUUUUAAAGUGUAUGAAAACAUGUUUGUGCAAUUUCCUGUGUCCAAUGAAAGCCUCCAGGAUCCUAAAAAAUCACUUUGACUUCCAGCAAUUAAAGACAAUUUUAUAUAUAAGAAUUUAGUAUUUCUUGUUUCUAAUCUUAUCAGUGCAGUUGCAUUGUUGUGAAAGAAUAUUAUGAGAGGGUAUGCUAUAUGACUAUAUCUCUAAGGCUAUUUUACUUUAUUAAUAAAGAAGACAUUUUCACUUA